AAAACGAAAGUAGAAAAUACUUAUGCAGUAUUUAGCUAGUUGUAAGUAGUACUAAGAUAGACUACAGUAGAACUGGAAGUCUUGGUUACUCAAAAAUUUUAUUCAAGUUGUACUCUAACUUACUUUUCGUUUAUUUUUAAAUUAUGACACAAAAACAACGAGAAAACUUUUAUAGAACCUCAACGGUCAUCGUUGAACACGGGAAAGAAGUACUCGUAUUAUUGCUGGAAGAUGAUUUAUUAAAACGAAACCUGACUUUAAUAGAUUUUAUCAAUCUAAACAAGCAUGGAAUAUAUCAUCUUUGUUAUAACAAAAAUCCGUGUUGUCAAUGUACAGGAGGAAAACUACUAUGGAAAUCACCUCCACAAAGAGUACUGUAUCCAUCCCAACUAGAUAUUUUGUUUGAUAAAACAGGACCAAAAAUGGCAGGUCAUAAUUUGAAUGUCAGACCAUUCUGUUGUUGUUCGGCUAAACGAUCCUUAUCCUGUGCUUAUUUGGAUCUUACACUCUUGAGGUGUCUGUUGGUUAAAUUUGCUCCUUCUUGCAUCGGUGCUGUUAGACAAGACGUCGAAGACUUAAUUAAGUACAGGAAUAAUCUACAUGGUCAUUCAGAGGAUGGAAAAAUGUCGUCUGCAGAUUAUUCUGUGUACAAAAUACAGAUAGAACGUGUAAUACUUUCAAUUGCAAAACAAUGCAACAAAGAAAAGAUAAUAAGACAAAAGCUGGAAGAUGCAGCGAUCAGACCGAUUGAUGAUACUAUUUGCACCCAAUUUCAAAAUAUACUGUUAGAUGAAAUUCGUAGGGAAAUGGAUAAAAACGAGACAAUCGUUGAUAUGCAAGUCGUAAUAGAACAGCAUUCGAAGAAACUGGAUAAUAUAGAGAGGAGCGCAAAUGAAAUAAAUCGUAGAGGCAGAGAUAGACUGGUAAAGUUUCUGUUUUCCUCAGAUUUGGUUUGUUGUGGUUUGAUCUUUACAGAUAUUCAUUUUGAUGAAUUUAUUUUGCUGUUGCUAUUUUUUUCUAUUUAUCACUUUGUUCUAGCAUAUUACCUGCCAAGAAAUUUAGCCAAAUUAAUAUCAUCAGUUACAAUUUUAUGUGUAACAAUUAUAAUUUUCCCAAGCAUUUUAAUUAUAGUCAUUUUACCAAUAGAAUUAUGUUUCGUUUAUUCUAUCUCAGUAUAUUUCGUUCUCGUCUCAAGUUAUGAAGCAGUAACUGCAUUGAUUCUUCUAUAUUAUCUUAUUAUAAUCAAAAAUAGAUUUCAAAUUAGGAACUAUUCUAGAUUACUCUAUUGGACUAUUUCUGUUCUUCCAUUUUGUUUUUGCUUUCUAUAUUACCUGUGGCCGCAUAUUUCAACGUUUGUAAUGAUAAACCUUAAAGCUGUUAUUGCCAUUCCAACUGUUAUUAUCGGUUUGAUAAUUUGUAUCUACUAUACGUAGAAGUUUUACUUUUAUACUUAAGGGCCAACAAUAUGCGUAAUAAAUGUAUCUACUAGUUUUCGUGAAGAUAAAUGUUUGCAUAUAUAUUUUAGUUCGUAGAAAAAAAUUUGGGGAUGACUUUUUGAAAUACUAGACAUUGUCCUCAUACUGGCUAGCAUCAAUAGCCAGUUAUCAAAUUGUGAUGGGGAUGCAUACAUCCUUUUAAGUUAUGUUGAAUUGCAUCUUUGAUAGGCUAACCAGGUGACAUAAUAUAUAGGACGUAUAACUCAUAAACCAAGGUUCGCGGUCACUAGCUUUUACUGUUUACGUAAAAUCAUUUUAAAAAGAUUAUAAUUGUCUUCAAUCACACAACUUGGUGCAAUUAGAACAGAUAGCCGCCAAAAAUAACACCAUGGCGUACAAUUUUUUUCAUUUCAGUGACUUUGGGCUAGUUAUUCGUUAAUUCCAAGUUCUUAGAUACUAAGUGCUUGCAUAUGAAUUAAUGUUAGGAUGCAUCUUAUCAUAUAAAAAGUUACUAUCAAAAUAAGGUGAUCGUGGCCUUCAUUGUCUGCUUCUUGACUUUUGUAAAGUCUAAGUUCUAGUUUAGUUUUACCUUACUAAUGAAUCUUGAAUCAAUGAGCUAGAUACAAGAAGCACAGUGAAAUAGGUUCAAAUGAAUCAUAGGCCACUCUAACGUGUAUUUGAUGCAUUGCCUGCUUUAGUUAUGUUAGCAUUAUCAGCUCGUUUGUAUCAGAUUUUGAGUUUUUGAAUAUUUUGGGCUAGAACAUAACUCAAAAGACAUAAAUUUUUGUAAGUCUUAUCUGGUGCAGUAAAAUAAAUAUCUUUAAUGUUAUUCGAUACCUUGAUAUAUGCUGGUGAUUUGAUAGUCAUCAACCAAGUAGCAAGUACUUUGGUACUGGCAUGAACAUUCAAAUAUUGUAAAUUGUAAUUCGCUUUUUAAACAUUUUGAAAAAAAUAAUUUUCUAUCAAAUGAUGUAUCUACCUAAUGCAUACCUCUGAAAUCUAGUUUGGCUAGACGUUAAGAACUUUUUGAUUUAAAAAUAAGAAGGUACGAAAAUAUUUUAAAAUAUCUCCAAAUAUGACUUCUUUAUAAUAUUCCCUUAUUUGUAAUGUAAUUAAAUGUGUGUUAAAACAGUA